AUGGAGGAGGAAGGGCCAAUGUCCUGCCCAUUCUGUGGCAUAAAAGCAGAUGGCGAUUAUCAGAUCAUGCUGCACUUGGAAACAGUGCAUCCGGAAGAUGGAGAGUCUCCAUUCGUUGUCAAAGACGAUGCCAGCAUUGCAGCACUGAUGUCACUCGAUGGUGAACAGGAUGACCGUUACGCCAACUGCACAGUUGAGGGUUGUGGUGAGACCCUGCUCUUGACAGAGCUUGAGAGUCACGUCGAGAUGCACGAGGUGGAGCAAGACUCUGGGGAUGAUCAGUCAAGUCGUUCAUCGAAGAGACUUAAGCUCGAGCCUCAAAUCGGAGCAGCUUUCGAUACCAAACUUUCCCAUGCCCUCCGGAAUCUGGAAGACGUCAAUGAACGGCCAGAAUCUGAGAGUCCCUCCUCCGAUCGACAGGCCGUCGCGAAAGCUACUUGGAAAAGCCUUCUGAAGAUGCCAGACUCCUCGUCAAAGACAGCCGCGCCAUCGUCCUCGAAGAGUAAUCGGCGACGGUUAGGGAAAUCUGAACUUGGUCCUCAUGCACAUGAGAAGCAGAUGCCAUCGUGGCUGGUCAAGCUACUUCAAGAACAGGACGGUGCGUAUAAGUCUGGAGCAAGGCUUGACAACCAUGGCAACAUGAGGAAGGCCAGAUGGCGCCACAACAUGGCACCUGGUAUCAUUCCAGUCCUGGAGCGGCUUCUUGACCAAGACGUGUAUGUGGAAUUUGCAUAUUUGUGCGACCCAGCAGUCAGGCAUGUGUCGAAAUUAAAGCGAGAGGGUGGUUUUUGUGGUUACCGAAACAUCCAGAUGAUAUGUUCCUACAUCAUUGGGGCUGAAUCUCAAGGCUAUGAGCACUUCAAAGGGAAGAUUCCAAGCAUUUUUGAUAUUCAAGAAAACAUCGAGCAGGCGUGGGAUCUUGGCAUCAACGCUCAAGGUCGUAUCGAAACCGGUGGAAUCCGCGGGACAAGAAAGUAUAUUGGAACUCCAGAUGCACAAGCAAUGUUUUGUUGUUUAGGCAUAGCAUGCGAUGCGCAAGGUCUCAAGCCCAAGGGAAACUCCAGACCAGCAUAUGACCUUCUUUUCAACGCGGUUGAACAAUACUUCGUCAACGGCUGCGCUGAUUACAACCCCAAAGUCCGCUGUACAUCCUUACCUCCCAUCUACUUUCAACAUCCAGGCCAUUCUAUGACUAUCGUCGGCUUUGAACGAAAAGCAGAUGGCUCCAAGAACAUCCUCGUCUUCGACCCCAUGUUCCACGACUCCUCCCAUGUCACCCAACUCAUCGACCUGAGGAACUUCAUCCUCAAGCAACCAGAAGAUGUCCUACGAGCCUACCGGCGCGGUGCGAAGUAUUUGAGGAAGUAUAGCGAGUUCGAGUUACUAAAGUGA